AUGGUGAGAAAGGAGGGGUCAAGCAUUGCGGAGAAGGCCAUGACCACCAUGAAUCUUGUUGUCCCUACCAUAUGCAAGUUGGUGUUGAUUGUCAUCGUUUCCAAUGCUGACGGCAACAUCGCCGGCUCAGAGGACGACUAUGUGAGAACGACUGAUGCCACGAUAACACAUGGUGAACCACUAAGCCAGCACGAAUUAGAAGUUGCGUUCAUGCAGCAGAUAGCCGUGCCGCCCUUCAUGCUGCCCACUACGACGAAUACCAACGUCCCGCGCGUAUGUAUUGUAGCAUCAGCAGCUCAGUUCGUGCAGGCGUCCAGCGUAGUUAGUCCAUACAGUACGCAGAUCACCAUGCAGUCCGCCGGCGAGGAAGCGCCACGGCUUGCGCCGGCCACAUCGGAGGACGGCGGCAAGAGCCCGGCGUCACCGUCGAUGGACAACGAGCGCCAGAUCCCCGUGGACCCCGUGUCGCUGCGGCACCUGGGCAUGGUCGCCGACCCGGACUCGCCGCUCUCGGCGCCGUCGGUGAUGACGGAGCUGGUGGCGCACCCGUCCCCGCUCCUGCCGCCGCUCCGCCGCCCCACGUUCGUCGGCGCCAGCCUCCCGUGCUCCGCGGCCUCCUCCCCGGUCCACAGCGCCGCUGCGAAGCGGGAAGAGCCCAGCCUCGCCACGGUCAUCGCCCUGAGCUCCCUCGCGCGGCAGCACUCCGCCGCGCUCGCCCACUACGUCACCUCGCCGUCCGCCGCGCCCACCACGCUCUCCAGGAGCGCGUCCCGCGCCGAGGGGAGGACCAUGGCGCCGCACGACGACGAGUACCCGCACUUCCAGUUCGAGACCGACGCGGAGGCCCACGGCUUCAAGUGCGGCGUGCUGUGCAUGUUCAUCCCGGGCUUCAACAAGAAGAAGCGGGGCUCGCCCUCCGCGGCGGCCGUCGUGUCGAGCAUUCAGAGGCAGCACUCCGGGGCGAGGCGGCGGAGCAGCGUGUCGCGGAUGGCGUCCAUGGAGAGGUUCGAGUGCGGGUCCUGGAGCCCGCCGCCGCCGCCGCCGCCCACCUCGGCGCCGCACGUCGACACGGACUUCGCGAUGGAGGUGGCCAAGGUCAGCUGCGCCGACGACACGGACCUGCCGAUCAAGAUGGCGUUCGUGUUCGAUGGCGACGCGAGGGGGGUCCUGAAGAAGGGCAUCCUGAAGAAGUCGGCGUCGGUGUCGCAGCGCCAGGAGUCGUCGGCCCCCACCCCCAGGAUGUCGUCCGCGUCGCAGCGGCACGUCAGGUUCUCGACGGCAGCCGCGCCGCCGGCGUCGUGCCCGACCUCGCCGUGCAUCACGCCGCGCCUGGCGAUGGCCAGGGCGGAGUUCAACGCAUUCUUGGAGGCGCAGAGCGCGUAG